AGCCUGGGGUAUAAAUACGGCGGCUGCCGGGCGUUCUGCGUUAGUCUCUUACGCGCCUGAGUGGCGGGCAAUUGAGGUCCCGCGGAAGAGGAGUCCCUCUGUGCUCUCCGCGGACCAUGGCGGACGAGGGGAAGUCAUACAACGAGCAUGAUGAUCGUGUUAGCUUCCCUCAAAGAAGAAAGAAGGGCCGAGGUCCUUUCCGGUGGAAGUAUGGUGACGGAAACCGUCGGUCUGGAAGAGGCAGUUCUAGUGUUCGGUCUGCCCGUCUGGAGGAAGAUGAUGGAGAUGUGGCUAUGAGUGAAGCCCAGGAUGGCCCUCGAGUACGAUACAACCCCUACACCUCACGACCUAACCGGAGGGGUGAUGCGUGGCAUGAUCGAGAUCGCAUUCAUGUCACUGUUCGGAGAGACAGAGCUCCUCCAGAGAGAGGAGGGGCUGGCACCAGCCAGGAUGGGGCCUCUAAGAACUGGUUUAAAAUUACCAUCCCUUAUGGCAGAAAAUAUGAGAAGUCAUGGCUCCUGAGCACGAUUCAGAGCAAGUGCAGCGUCCCGUUCACCCCUGUGGAGUUUCACUAUGAAAACACACGGGCCCAGUUUUUUGUGGAGGAUGCCAGCACUGCCUCUGCGUUAAAGGCUGUGAACUACAAGAUUGUGGACCGGGACAACCGGAGGAUCUCUAUCAUCAUCAACUCCUCUGCCCCACCCCACACUGUACAGAACGAACUGAAGCCAGAACAAGUGGAGCAGCUCAAGCUGGUCAUGAGUAAACGUUACGACGGCUCCCAGCAAGCACUUGACCUCAAGGGGCUCCGUUCAGACCCAGACUUGGUGGCUCAGAACAUUGAUGUCGUUCUGAAUCGUCGAAGCUGUAUGGCGGCAACCCUGCGGAUCAUUGAGGAGAACAUCCCUGAGCUAUUGUCCUUGAAUUUGAGCAACAAUAGGCUAUACAAACUAGAUGACAUGUCCAGCAUCGUGCAGAAGGCACCCAACCUGAAGAUCCUUAACCUUUCUGGAAAUGAAUUGAAAUCAGAGCGGGAGUUGGACAAGAUAAAAGGGCUGAAACUGGAAGAGCUGUGGCUUGAUGGGAAUACCCUGUGUGACACCUUCCGGGACCAGUCCACCUACAUCAGCGCCAUUCGUGAACGAUUUCCCAAGUUACUACGCCUGGAUGGCCACGAGUUACCCCCGCCAAUUGCCUUUGAUGUGGAAGCGCCCACAGUGUUACCACCAUGCAAGGGGAGCUACUUUGGCACAGAGAACCUGAAGAAUCUGGUCCUGCACUUUCUGCAGCAGUACUAUGCAAUUUAUGACUCCGGGGACCGGCAGGGGCUCCUGGACGCCUACCAUGACGGGGCCUGCUGCUCGCUGAGCAUCCCUUUCAUCCCCCAGAACCCUGCGCGGAGCAACCUGGCUGAGUACUUCAAGGACAGCAGAAAUGUAAAGAAGCUUAAAGACCCUACCCUGCGGUUCCGGCUACUGAAGCACACACGACUGAACGUUGUUGCCUUCCUCAAUGAGUUGCCCAAAACUCAGCAUGACGUCAAUUCCUUCGUGGUAGACAUUAGUGCCCAGACAAGUACACUGCUGUGUUUUUCUGUCAAUGGGGUCUUCAAAGAAGUGGAUGGAAAGUCUCGUGAUUCUUUGCGAGCCUUCACCAGGACAUUCAUCGCUGUUCCUGCCAGCAGUUCAGGGCUGUGUAUUGUAAAUGACGAGCUCUUUGUGCGGAACGCGAGCCCUGAGGAAAUCCAGAGAGCCUUCGCCAUGCCUGCACCCACGCCUUCCUCCAGCCCAGUGCCCACCCUCUCCCCUGAGCAGCAGGAAAUGUUGCAGACGUUCUCUACCCAGUCUGGCAUGAACCUUGAGUGGUCCCAGAAAUGCCUCCAGGACAACAACUGGGACUAUACUAGGUCUGCCCAGGCCUUCACUCAUCUCAAGGCCAAGGGCGAGAUCCCGGAGGUGGCGUUCAUGAAGUGACUGCGAUGUGGCCCCUGUAAAUAGCCCCUGGAUGCUGUCCGGCCAUCACCGGCGCCCGUCGCCGCAAGCGCGGCCUCCCUGCCAGUGCGCUGGGCGAGGACGGUACCCGCGCCGCCGCCUGGACUCUCCCGGCCCAGAGACCCUGCGAGGCCGAGCCGUGGGCCCGCGGGAGCCAGCGCCCUUGAGCAGACUGACACUAAGCCGCCCGAAGGACUAGGUGCUUCGUGUACUUAACCCGGGAUCCCUGUACUUUUUAAGAUAAAGCGUGAUACUGUGUU